UGAAAUUCAGUUUUGUAAUUGAUCUGAACUCCAUAAUAGCAACAUUAUCAAUCAUCAAUCAUUACAAACCCUAAAUGGAUAUAUAAAUCAAGAUGAGGGCGACAGGGAAGCUUAACGUAGCUUCGAUACAGAAGAUCACUACGGUAGAAGAGUUGAAAAGUGCUAUGGCUCAUGUUUUUCAAGAUGCUCAAGUAUCACUUGCAGGUCAUCGUAAAUUGGUCAUGAUCUUAAAGAAUCUCUUUGGAAAGUCUAUUGAAUUGGAAAAGGGUGAUUAUUUUAACUUGUACUUUACGAAAUUGGUUAACAAGAUUCUUCCAUUGAAAAAGGGAGAGAAAUCUGGUGAUAGAAUAGCUAAAUUCUGUUCAGCAUUUGUGGCUAGUUUGUCCAUGGAUGAAAUAAAGAGAAAACAAGAAAAUGAAGAUGAAGAGGUUGAAGAAGAUGAUAAUGAAGAGGAAACAUAUUCAGGUGUAUUCUCCAAGUAUUUGGUCCAUCAUUUAUUACGUGGGAUUGAAUCAAAGGAUAAAUGGGUAAGAUAUAGAGUAGUUCAGCUUUUGGCAUACUUAGUUCAUUAUAUUGGUGAAAUAGAUCGUGAUUCAUUUGAAGCAUUAUAUACAUCCCUUAUGAAAAGAUUGAAUGAUAGAGAGGCUAUUGUAAGAAUUCAAGCAAUAGUUGCUGUUUCAAAAUUUCAAGAAUUCGAUUUGGAUGGUUAUGAUUAUACAUAUGCAAAAGUUAGUAAUCAACAUGUGAAGGACGUUAUAACUGAAACCUUACAAUAUGAUGAAAGUGCAGAAGUAAGGAGAGCAGCUCUUUUAAAUGUCAUCAAGGAAAAUAAUAAUGAUACUGUACUUGAAAGAGCAAGAGAUAAUAAUGGUAUUAAUAGAAGAUUGGUUUAUUCUCGAAUAGUCAAAGAAGUGGGAAGUAUCGGAAAUCUUAAUUUUGAAGAACGUGAGUUCUUAUUAAAAUGGGGUCUUAACGAUAGAGAUCCAUCAGUACAACAAGCAGCAACUAAAAUGCUCACAACAACGUGGUUUGAUGCUGUUAAUGAGGACUUAUUAUCAUUGGUCUCUCUUUUGAAGGUUACUGAAAGUACAGUAGCUGGGUUGGCAUUGGAAACAUUCUUCGAAGUAAAACCUGCUAUCCUUGAUACCCUAAAAUUCGAUGAAAAUUAUUGGAAAGAACUAACUAUUGAUAAAGCAUUUUUGCUUAGAUCGUUUUACGAUCAUUGUAAUAAAAACAAUCUAUAUGAUUUAAUAGAACCCAACUUCCCUGAAUCAAUUGAUUUGGCUAACAUUUUAGAAAAAUAUUUUCAAUUAAGAUUAAAGGUCUUUAUCAAUGAUAAUCCAAUCCACAAGAAAUAUGAAAAAUAUGAUGAAAUCUUAAAGUCAAGAACUGAUGAAUUGAAUUAUUCCUCAAAUCAACUUAUAAAGGCAAAUCUUGAUGUAGAGAACAUUAAGAAAAGCAUACAAUCCAAUCGUGAUGAUGUUCUCUAUUACGAAAAGGCAAUGGACAUGAUAAGAAAACGACUUAAGAAAUUGAGUAAAAACGAUGAAUCUACUGUUGGUUUAGUUGCAGACGACAUUGAUAAAGAAAUUCUAGAUGAAAUGUUAGAAGUAAGUGUUGAUGACUUAAAGGUUAAACUUGUUGAGUUAAAGGAUUCUAUCUUACAUUUAAAUAAUGAACAUUCGAAAUUAGCUGACCUUUCCAUGAAAAUUGAGAUCAAACAAAAGAAACUCAUAGAAACAUAUGAGUCUGCCCGAACUCAAAUUGAUGAAAUAAAUGAUGGAUUUGAACGUGAUCUUGAUUAUGAAAGUGAAAUAAAAGAUUUGGAAUUUAUUUUGCAUCAAUUAUUAUUAGUAGCUAAGGAGUUUGAUUUUAGUGAUGAAAUGGGAAGAAGAAAAAUGUUACAAAUUAUCAGAAAUUCUUUAACAGAACAUGAAUUAACUAAAGAUUUGAUUGGGGUUGCGUUGAACGUUUUAAGAAAAUUAUCUAUCAAUGAAAAAGAUUUUAUUGCAAUGUCGACUGAAAUCAUUACAGAUAUUAGAGAUUCAUACGAAGAAGAAAAUGAAACAUUCCACUCUGCAAUUGAAGGGUUUGGUGAUGAAGAUGAAGAGGAAGAUGACGAAGACGAUGACGAUGGUGAAACAGAAACCUCUUCUAAAAAGCGUAGGGUUGAUCCAAAGUUUCCUCCUGAUAACAUUGUUGUUACAUGUUUAAUAAUUACCCUGGACACUUUACAACUUAUCGAAGAACCAUUGGAAACUCAUUUGGCGUUAGGAUCUAUUUAUUCUGGUUUGGUUAAUUAUGCCAUUUCAGCUAAAGAGAAAUAUUCCCUUCAUUUAUUAGGAUUGAAAUGUUUAGGUUUAUAUUCUUUGAUUGAUAAAUCUAUUGCUACAGACGCCAUUUCUACUUUUUACAAUGAAAUAAGGUAUGCAGAUGAAGAAACUAGAAUUAUAGGUAUUAAAGCGGUUGCUGAUAUUUUAUCCACUUUUGGUACUUCUAUCUUAACGGGAAAUGUCUUGUUUAUGUAUGCAAGAUUAUUUUAUAAGUCCUUGACAUCUUUCAAAAUGCCAAAUCUACAAUGUGUAGUUGCUGAGGGACUUUGUAAAUUAUUUUUGGCUGAUAUUUUCAAUGCAAGAACUCCAACAGAUGAAUCUACAGAAACUCAAGAAGCACUUGAUGAAUAUGAAAGUGAAAAACAAUUGUUUGAAGCCUUGGUGCUAAGUUAUUUCCAUCCCUUAACUUCUUCGAAUGCUGAAUUACGUCAAAUCUUAGCCUUUUGUAUUCCUGUUUAUUCAUUCAGUCAUCCACAACAUCAAUUCAGAUUAGCUUCUAUUAGUGGGGAUUGUAUUUAUAGAAUGUUCAAUACUCAAGUCAAUGACUUUUCAAAUUUACAAGGAAAAUUGAAUCCUACUCAAAUCGUUCAACAAUUGAUUUAUUGGUGUGAUCCAAAUAAUUUAGUCAAUUUAAGUGAAUCUAGUAUCAAGAAACAGACAUCUCAUCUUUGGCAAUCGGUUUACUUUUUACAGGUUUUAGAACAAGAGACACCAAAGAAUAUUAAGAGGAUAAUAAUUAAUAACUUAUCAAAGUUCUACAUUAAAGGUGAAGUUGAAUCGAAAGUAUUAUUAGGAUUGUUGAAUGCAGUUAAAGCCACUAGAGAAUUAAUUUCAAGAAAAGUUGAAAUUGAGCAAGAUCCAGAAUUUAAUUUUGAUAAACCUACUUUUAAGAACUUUGAAAAUUUUGAAAAAUUGAUUGAAUUAGAAUAUGAAAGAUCAAAAACUCGUGAAGAGGCCGAGCUACUGAAUGUGAGAAGCCGAUCCAAUUCAAUAUUGGGUGGCUUAGAUGACGUUGAAGACCUUCCCUUAAAGGAAGAUGUGAAAGAUGAUGAAGAGAAAGAAGAUAAUGGUGAUGAGCAAGAUUUGGAUCAAAGUGAAAUAAUGGCUGCAAAUACGUCGAUCAACGCACCCCCACAAGAAGAUGAAGAUAUAGAGGAUAAUGGAGAUGUUGAAGAGGAUGAAGCUGAAGCUGAAGAAGUUGAUAAUGAGUCAAAUAAGAAAGAUGUAUCCAUGACUGAAGAAGAAAAGCAGAAACAAUCAGAAGUCAAUAGCAAUUUAGAUGAAAUUGAUAAAUUCUUAGAUGAUGAAGAUAAUGUGGAAUAUGAUAUUUCGAUGGAUGAGUAAAUAGUCUUUUUAAGUAUGUAUGCCACUCAAUAUAAAUAAUGAAACGGUUAAUUUGA